GAGUAUGCCAAAUAAAUAGCAGCGUUUAACAACACUGCAAGCGACACUGACAAAAGAAGCAAAACAUCAGCGGCAUAAUUCAACAAACAAAAUUAUUGUGCGCGCAAUUUCGAAUUGGGCCAUGACCACAGCCCCAACGUGAUAAAGAAAACGCAGCGGAAAUUAAACAAUGCGUUCGUGGCGCAAUCGUUGGCUAUGGACAGUGCUGGUGUCGAUUAUCUGGCUGUGCACCAUCGCCGUGCUGUAUUUGUAUUUAACGCGCCGGGAAUCGCCAAGGAUUCGGAAUGCGGUGCAUGAGUUGCUCUGGUGGACGGAUGAUCUUCACUGGAAUUACGAUGAGAUGCGCCACUGUGGCUUCGAUACUUGCCGCGUCACCAACAAUCACAAACGUCUGCACGAGGCGCGCGCAAUUCUUUUCUAUGGCUCCAAUAUGAAGGUGGAUGAGUUUCCAAUGCCACGCAGUGGGCGACAUUUGUGGGGUCUGUUGCAUGAAGAGUCGCCGCGCAAUGUGCCGUUUGUGCCGUACACUGAGUUUUUGCGCCACUUCAAUUAUACGUCCACAUUUAGUCGCUACAGCGACUUGCCACUGACCACCCAAUAUCUGCCGCAUCCCAGCGAUUUGACGCAACUCGACUAUCAGUCGACGUUCCUGAACAAGCAGCGUCAUCAGUUCAAUGAGCAGCUCGCAUCAGUUGUCUUCCUGCAGACCGAUUGCAACACAAUGUCCGGCCGUGAGGAUUAUGUGCGCGAACUGAUGAAACACAUCCAAGUCGACUCCUAUGGCAGUUGUCUGCACAAUCGCGAUCUGCCAGAGCAGCUGCAAAAUGAUUAUCUCAACAAUCUGUAUUCGGAUGCAUUAUUGCGUUUCCUUUCACCCUACAAAUUUAUGAUUGCCAUUGAGAACGGCGUUUGUGAGGAUUACAUUACCGAAAAGUUCUGGCGUCCUCUCAUGGCGGGCAUUAUACCCAUCUAUUUUGGUUCGCCUAGCAUACGCAAUUGGCAGCCGCAAAAUCAAUCUGCCAUUUACAUUGAUGAGUUUCCCAAUGCGUCCGCUUUGGCCGCACAUCUGCAACAGGUGGGCGGCAAUGAGAGUGCUUACAACGCCUACCUGGGCCACAAGUUCAAUCGUCGCCAGCCCAUUCAGAAUCCGUUGCUGGUUAACCACUUACUGAUGCGUGGCUAUCAAAUGAGACGCAGUGGCGAGCUGAGUAAUGAGGAUUCACUAUUCCAUAAAUUCGAGUGCUUGAUGUGCCGACGCGCCGCUUGGACGGACCAGCGGCGACCGGCCAAUAAGCGCCACUAUAACUGCCCACUGCCACCGGUGUAUGCACCGCUCGAGCAGCAGAAGGAGCCCAAAUAUGCGGCGGACUGGCGUUCAAUGAUGGGCGUGGGUCGGUGUCAAGCCCAGUUACUGGAUGCAUUCUGGCGAGCGAAUAUCCCAUAUACCAAAGCAGAAUUCGAUGCCCGCUUAAGCGAGAUGAUGGAACAGAACAAGUGCAAUUAACUAUACAAUUUAUAACAUUUUUGAGCAAUAUGUACUAUUAUUAACCUCAGACGAUUAAUAUAAUAUUUAGUAAUAAGU